AUGCUUCGUCUCUCACUUCUUCUCGUUUUAACCACGACUACUGCUAUCUCUGCACAGAAUAGUUGCGAGGAUCGAUGUGUGCGGUUAAAUCAACGAUCAUUGAGUCGGAUAGGAUACGAUGACGAACGGAGGCUCUACGACAACUUGGACUGUAUGAAAAAGUGUCCAAAGUCCGAGAAACAUGCGAUAUUUGCAAAACAUGUUAGGAAUAAGUGCAAAUUCGUACUGUCAGAUAUGGAGCCAACAUUGAAAUGUAUCAGUAAACAUCACUCAUUUCUAACAAUGAGAUGUAGCUCGUUCUUGAAUGAAGCGACUCGACUGAGAGCUGAAUCUGAUUUAAGUACGACUCCUCGUCAUGAUGAAUGCCGAUUCUUGCAUUUGACAACAAUUUGUUUGGAAAACCAUGUGAAUACAUUCUGUCCCGACGGAAGAAAGAUAUUCAAACGACUCAAUUUCAGAGAUUAUUUCUUGAGUUUCGUAUUGCCAAUGGACGAUGAUUUGUUUGAUGAUGAAGAUUUGGAUAGUUGUCAAAUUUAUGAUUUUGUGAAAGAUGCAGAGAAGAGAGAACGAGAAGACGAAGAAAGAAAACUGGAAGAGGAGAGACGCAGACGGAUUGACGAUGAUGAAGAUUAUGAGGAAGAGUUGACAACUAUUGUCAACGAUAUGGAAGAUGAUUCAGAAGUAACAAUGACGUCUACAAUGCCAACAGAGUCUACGACAUCUUCCGAGGCGAUGUCAUCUGAAUCAUAUACUUCUGAAUCCACGACUUCAUCAUCUCAUUCUGUUACACCAAUCUUGGGUACACUGGAAACGAUUAAGCAGGAGGAGUUCACUACACUUCUCGAUGAAUUGAUUUCGUCAACGGAGAAAGAGACUACUGAUAUAACAGAAGAAAAGGAAUCGAGUGAGGGGAUAGUUGAGAAAAUAGAAGAACAUCAUGAGAAAGAAAACAAUGAGCAUGAUGAUUUGGAUAGUUUGGUCAACAAAUUAGAUGAAGAAUCACACGAAGAAAAAGAUGAGAAUGAUCUGGAAGAUAUCCACUCGACCACUCAACUCUCCAUACCUACCACAGAUCAGAAACCUGAUAUCAACACUCCAGACCACAGCGACAUGACAAGAAAUGAAGAUGAUCCAGAUCACAACACUGAAUAUCAAGAUUACACAGACCAUCAUUAUGAUGAAGAAUAUCACGAUAACGAGAAUACAACACAUCCAACGAUUAGUGUUGUUUCGAUUGAGUCUAGAAUUUCUUCGAAAUCUGAAGAAGUGGAUUAUGGAGAAGAAGAGUUGGUUGAAGUGACGACUCCUGAUCAACUUUUGAAUUUGACACCUCCAAAUAUAAUUAGAGACGAAGAGAAUGAAGAACUGAUUCGAAUCGAAACAACAACUCAGAAGAGAAAGGUUUUCUCGGAGGAUAGCAUGGAAAAUACACCUCCGAACUUCUAUUAUUCUUCUAAUCGAUAUGAUAGUACGACCAGAUCAAACUAUGUUGCUGACAACUUAGAUUUACAAGAUAGUGAAGAGCCGUUGGAAAUCGACACUUCAACUCUUUUUGGGGUGGAAACAACUUCAACUGAAAUGUUUGAGACAACUAGUGAAAGUGUUCCAGAAACAACUACAUUAGUCCCAAGACGACCCGAAGGAAAAUCAAAGCCAUGGCUUCAUGGAGGAGUUAUUGUGAAACCAAUUUUGAAUUUCGAUCAACUGGAUGUAGAUCAAGAUGAACAACGUGAACGUGAAGAACGCCGUAAACAGACAGCAUCCAAGAACUCAUCUUCAUCCCCAUCGAAUCCGAUUUCUUCAUCGGAACCAUCUCCAGAAGACGACGAUUUCCUUGCUGACCCAGAUAGCCCUUCGACCAAUGAAACAUUAAUUGUAAUUGGUCUAAUUGCUCUUGUCACUUGUCUUAUUUUCCUUAUUCUUCUCCUGCUUUUGGCAUAUUUCUGUUCGACACGAACCGACAAUUACAACGUUCACAAAGAUGAGGGCAGUCCGUCUGUGUGA